AUGGUGAAUCUCGACAAUGGAGAGACGCCCCCGAAAUCGGAGUCGGCGGAUCUUUCCAAGGAGACGCCCCCGAGAAGCAGAUAUCUGGAUGAUUGUCAACAAGGCGGAAUCGAAAAGGAUAUGGAACCAACACCAGGUUCUCUCGAUUCGACCACCAAGUCAUCCGACCACGAGUACAUGGAAGAACUUGCCAAAACCCAAGGGACUUUUGUCGAAAAGGUGCCGCUGUCGAAGAGACUAUAUUGCCGUUCAGAAGUUCAUUUCAGAUUAGCGUCAGAAAGUUUCACUGAGUUGUGUGGCGCUCUUUGGGCAUCGGGGUGCGCAGCAGUAGAUAACAUUCUGUACAACAUGAGAAAAAAGUACACCCAACAUGAUAAUCACGAAACAUCACAACAGAAAGGGGCAACAGUAUUUGUAAAUAAAAUCUAA